GACAAGUCUGAACAAGUUGGGCUAUAUAUAUUACGUCACAUUUCAAAUAUCUUUACGGGCGCAUGAUUUAAAUAACUACACACAAACAUUGGCUACAUGGCCAACAUUGCGCUGAAAGUGUGAUCAGAUAAUUUUCGCUCUAGUCUCUAAUUUAUUUAAAUCAUUUUGACAAGAAAGAAUAAACUUUACAUUUGAGGUUAUGUUGACAUUUUGUAAUUUUUGUUAGUUGUUUAUGUAGGUGAUAUCUGUCAGCUUAUUUUUAAAUACUUUUAUAUUUUAAAAUGUUGGUUAAACUUUUUAAACUCGGUGAGGAUGAAGUUAUCACAACUUUUACACAAGGGUCACAUGUUUUAGGACGGGGUACAUCUUUGCAGUUAUUGCAGUGCAAUGAUAAAAGGAUAUCCAGAAAUCACGCAACAAUAGAAGUCACACCAGAUAAUAUAACACUAACAUCGAUACAUGUCAAUCCUUGCUUCCUUCGAGCAGCAGAAAGCAAAACAAUUACAAUAUUAAAGAAAGACGCAACUACGCAACUUCAUGAUGGAGAUAACUUUGCUCUUCUCCCAGAUGACUUUUGGUUUAAAAUUAAAAUAUGUGAAGAAUCUUCAUCAGAAAUUGAGCCCAAAAAUUUUACAUCAAAAAGAUGCUCACCUGAUCUUGAUGAUGCACCUCCUGAUAAGAAAAUAAAAACUCAAAAUGACAAUUGCGAUACAAAUAACUCAGAUGUAACUAAUGUAGAAGUAUUAAAACCAAAAGAAAAUCCUAAUGAUAGUGAAAAUGGUACUACACUGGAAGAAAAUGGGAACUCAAAAGUAGCAUGGGAUAACCAAGAUGUAUUACCUAAAGGAGAUACAGCUGAAAAUAAAGAUGCAGUACCUGAAAAUAUUGGUGAGGUACAACAAGUAGAUGAAGGUACAUCUCAAACUGACCAAGCUACUUCAAAACAAGAUCAAAAUGAUCAACCUACUGCAAAUCAAGAUGAUGUACCCCAAAUUGAUCCAGUUACUGCAAAACAAGAUCACAAUGGUCAAUCCACUGCAGACAAAGAUGAUGGGAACCCUAGCACUUCUAAUUCUAAACCAAAACGUGAAAGGUGCUGGUAUGGAGCGCAGUGUUACAGAAAAAAUCCAGUGCACAGACAGGAUUACACACAUCCUGGAGAUUCUGAUUAUGAAAGUGAUCCAGAUGAUAACAGACCAACUUGUAGUUAUGGAGCGACAUGUUAUCGAAAAAAUAAGGAUCACAGGAGGGAAUAUAAACACCCCAGUCGAGACCCUCCAAGUAAAAAAAAAAGAAAUAGAAAGAAGGUGGAGCGUUUAAAUGUGGCAACCAGUCAAGAAAUGAGGGAAUUUGAUGAUUCAGAAGACCCUUUUAUUAAUGAUGAUGAUAGUGAUGAGUACAAUGGAAGUUCAUAUGAGGAAGAUUCUGAUUGGGAUGAGUCGCAAGAAGCCGACGAAGAUGCAGAAAACGUGAAACGAUUAGUAAAAGAGGCCAAUCGAUUUGUUAAAAAGUAGUGUCAUAUAUGGCUUCAUUGCAACUGGAAAACUUUUACACUUAUAUACAAUUAAAAACUAAUAAAAUACUUCAAGUAAA